CCUUCACCCCCCUCUCAACUUCUCGAAGAUUGGAAAACGGGCCGGCUUGAUGCCAGACUGGCGCGUGGAUGGUUCGUGGAACGCUGAAGAUGCACGGCGCCAAGACUUCAAGUUGGCGGACACAUUGAUCCACACUUGACGUGCUGUGGGGCCAUGUCUCCACCUUCCCCAUCCCCGCAAUCUUUCGUCUUGAACCAAACAGAGGGCGGCGUCGACAUGCAGCCAAGCUCGCACAAAGCAUCUUCAACAUGGAGCUCGUGAUGGAGACUCAUCCGUGAUCCUUCCUCGGGAUGGAUGGAGUGAACCCCACGGCAACCCACCUCGUAAACCCGUCGCAUCCGACCCGAGGAUGAAGCAUGAGAUGCCGCCGGGUAUUCUGCCAGCCAUAAGACGGUUGAUGGCAAUCACGGAACACGCAUCGGGACAUCAACUCGACCCCUCAUCAAGGGCGGGGUAGCACACGCCCCCCCUAAGGGGCACCGUGCAGUGCAGGAAGCAGGGACAGAUGGAGUGGAGAGGAACUGAAAGGGAUGUUUAAUACCAAUGACCCCUCUGCCUGCCCUCCACUGCCCUGUGGGACAAGAGAAAUCUUUUUCCUUCCGCUCAGUUCAUUGUUUUGACAGCAGACGACCAAGUGCUGCUGAUGUUGCGCAAGCACGACAGACAGGACCGUGAGACUCCUCCAACAAAGCCUCCGUCCCACACCCAGUCGUCCACGUCGUCCUCCCCUCGUUGCGCCUGCUCCGCCGACCUCGCUACCUACCUUUAGUGUCAUUGUUGUCAGAAGCCAACCUGCCCUGAAUGUGAACAAAUGACCCAAAGAUCCUCGAUCUGCCUCGAUAGCGUAACGGGUCGCGCGCAGACAUAAUGUCGAGGUCCUUGCUCCAGCCGGCGCUGGCUUGCAACACCGCGUCUUGCAUGCCUCGUCCCUACCAACGCUCGCGCCCCGUUGAACGCGCCUCUAGGCCGCCAUUGACAGCAGUAGCUCGUGUUUUCGACUUCGCCCCAGUCCGCGCUGGCAAUGGCAGCACCGCCGUGAUCUCACAAAAGGCGUGGCACAGCACGAGAACUGCCGGAAGUGAUCGGCCGAGUUCGGCCUCGUUGAGUCUUGCUCUCCCGAAGGCUCAACCGCUCCAGCUCGUCCGCCAUGCCUCCGUUUUGUCCGGCAUCCCGGCUAAGCCGUCGGCAAGGAGCCCAAUGGCAGCGUACUCCACCGAGGCAACGGCAGUUCUGCCGCCGACCACCCCGUACUCCAAGCUGACUGUGGGAGUGCCCCGCGAAAUAUACCCAAACGAGCGCCGUGUGGCUCUCACCCCUCAGAAUGUUGCUCUCCUGCUCAAGAAGGGCUUCUCCCAGGUUCUUGUUGAGAAAGGUGCUGGUGCCGAAGCAGAUUUCCCGGACGAUGCCUAUGCCGCCGCCGGUGCUACCUUGGUUGACGAUGCUUCUGCUGUCUGGAAAGGUUCAGACGUUGUGCUCAAGGUCCGAGGGCCAAGUGCGGAGGAGGUGGAUCUGACACGAGAAGACCAGACCCUUAUCAGCUUCCUUCAACCGGCCCAGAACAAGGCACUCGUGGAGAAACUCGCGGCUCGCAAAGCCACCUCAUUCGCUAUGGAUCUUAUUCCCCGUAUUUCUCGAGCUCAGGUCUUUGACGCCCUCAGCAGCAUGGCCAACAUUGCUGGGUACAAGGCGGUGCUCGAAGCAUCCAACAACUUUGGUCGUUUCUUAACUGGUCAGGUCACUGCUGCUGGUAAAAUCCCGCCCUGUAAGGUUCUCGUCAUUGGUGCCGGUGUUGCUGGCUUGAGCGCAAUUGCAACUGCAAGGAGACUCGGUGCAAUCGUUCGUGGAUUCGACACUCGGCCUGCUGCAAGAGAACAGGUUCAGUCGCUUGGCGCCGAGUUCAUCGAAGUUGAGAUCGAAGAAGAUGGCUCUGGUGCAGGCGGUUACGCCAAAGAGAUGUCGAAAGAGUUCAUCGAGGCCGAGAUGAAGCUUUUUACCGAACAAGCCCGUGAAGUGGACAUCAUCAUCACCACCGCCCUGAUUCCUGGAAGACCUGCGCCCAAACUCAUCACCAAAGCCAUGAUUGAGAUCAUGAAGCCUGGAUCUGUUAUUGUCGAUCUUGCUGCUGAGGCUGGUGGAAACUGCGAAAAGACCGAACCCGGAAAGCUGAUUACCUACAAGGAUGUCAAGAUCAUUGGUUACACCGACUUCCCCUCUAGGCUACCGACCCAAUCUUCAACUCUGUACUCGAACAAUAUCACCAAAUUCUUCCUGUCCAUGGCACCGAAGGAUAAGGAAUUUGGCAUCGAUCUGAAAGACGAAGUCGUACGCGGCGCUAUUGUGACACAAGAAGGCCAUAUUCUCCCGCCAGCACCCCGACCAGCACCUCCCCCUGCUCCCGCCGCUGCCUCGACUGCCGCAAAAGAAGCCGAAGUCGUAGCACUUACACCAUGGCAAAAGGCAACUCGUGAGGUUUCUCUGAUCACUGGUGGUAUGGGCUCGGCUGUCGCAUUGGGCAAGUUCACUACUCCCUUGUUUAUGGGCAACGCCUUUACCUUUGCUUUGGCCUCUCUCAUCGGAUACCGUGUUGUCUGGAACGUCGCUCCUGCCUUGCAUUCACCUCUCAUGAGUGUGACCAACGCCAUCUCUGGAAUGGUCGGUGUUGGUGGUUUGUUCAUUCUCGGUGGAGGAUACUUGCCUGAAACGAUCCCUCAAGUCUUUGGUGCCGCCUCUGUCCUGCUCGCUUUCGUCAACAUUGGUGGUGGGUUCGUCAUCACAAAGCGCAUGCUCGACAUGUUCCGCCGUGCUACUGAUCCUCCCGAGUACCCGUGGCUUUAUGGAAUCCCGGCCCUCGUGUUUGGAGGUGGCUUCAUCGCUGCGGCCUCGAGCGGAGCUGCAGGCCUUGUUCAAGCUGGCUAUCUUGUGAGCUCGAUCCUUUGCAUCACCUCUAUUUCGGGUCUUGCAUCGCAAGCAACUGCCCGUAUGGGAAAUAUGCUGGGUAUUUUGGGAGUCGUGUCCGGUGUUCUCGCUUCCUUGUUGGCAGUCGGCUUCACCCCUGAAGUUCUCACUCAGUUUGGUGGUCUUGCUACGAUCGGAACAAUCUUGGGCUUCCUCAUCGGCAAGCGCAUCACCCCUACCGAUCUUCCUCAGACUGUCGCUGCCCUGCAUUCCGUGGUCGGCCUUGCUGCCGUCUUGACCAGUAUCGGAAGCGUUAUGGCUGAUGUCACUGACCUCUCGAUGCUUCACAUGGUAACUGGCUAUCUUGGCGUCCUCAUCGGCGGUAUCACCUUCACCGGAUCGAUUGUUGCCUUCAUGAAGCUUGCCGGUAAGAUGUCCUCUAAGCCGCUUCGGCUGCCAGGUCGUCAUGCCGUCAACGCCGGUCUACUCAGUGCGAAUGUGGUCACCAUGGGCACGUUUGUCACCAUGGCUCCUGGCGCCCCUCUGAUUGCCGCCGGUGCCCUUGCUGCCAACACCGUACUCUCGUUCAUCAAGGGUUACACCACAACUGCAGCCAUUGGUGGUGCCGAUAUGCCUGUGGUCAUUACCGUCCUCAACGCAUACAGCGGCUUUGCGCUGGUCGCCGAGGGCUUCAUGCUGAACAACCCUCUCUUGACUACAGUUGGAGCACUCAUUGGCGUCUCCGGUUCCAUUCUUUCUUAUGUCAUGUGUGUUGCUAUGAACCGUUCACUUGUCAACGUUCUGUUCGGAGGAAUCUCGGCGCCCACCACCAGCGACUACAAGAUUGAAGGGAGUGUGACACAGACCAAUGUCGAAGAGACAGCUGACGCCCUCACCAAUGCCGAGUCCGUCAUCAUUGUUGUUGGGUAUGGCAUGGCUGUUGCCAAGGCGCAAUAUGCUAUCUCGGAUAUCACCCAAAUGCUUCGGUCCAAGGGCAUCAAGGUCCGCUUCGCCAUUCACCCCGUUGCUGGUCGCAUGCCGGGCCAGUGCAACGUCUUGCUUGCUGAAGCCAGCGUUCCGUACGAUAUCGUGCUGGAAAUGGAUGAGAUCAAUGACGACUUUGGAGAGACGGAUGUAACCCUUGUUAUUGGUGCCAAUGAUACAGUCAACCCGAUUGCCUUGGAGCCUGGUAGUCCGAUUGCUGGAAUGCCCGUCUUGCAUGCGUGGAAGAGCAAGCAGGUGAUUGUCAUGAAGAGAGGGUUGGCUAGUGGAUACGCUGAUGUCCCGAACCCGAUGUUCUACAUGCCCGGUACGAGAAUGCUGUUUGGCGAUGCUCGUGUGACUACUGAAGCCAUCAAGGCAGCUAUCGAAACUCGCUUCAAAUAAAAGGAGGGAAAGAAAGAAGGUCGUUUUCUGCGCUGCUUUUGACUUUUUCUUGCCUGAAAAGAUACGCCUUCAUUGCCCGUAUAUACGUCCUGCAACAGCCCUUUUUCCUUAUCACCUUUGCCUUGUCUUCAGAAUUGGGAAUUUUGCUUUGCUGACAGAGCAAGAGAGCUGUCGAUCUCUUUGAGGUAUUGCAUUGGCAUGCAUAUGCGUUGGUCUGUUAGACAUGUAUGCGAGAGACUGAAGUAGAGGAGAUGACAAGGAAGACGUCCGUACCUGAUUUUUUAAUCAAUGCUAUUUUGACAAAGCAGAAUGGCUCGAUAUGCGACAUUUGAAAGAGAAACAAACAAGGCUGGGGACAA